AUGAAGCUCACUGGUGCUCUCCUGUUGCUUGGGGCUGCCCUGCUUCUGACUUCAGGGGGAAAUUGUGGCUUUUGCCCAGAUUUGAAGGAGGAGCUUGCUCUUUUUCUUGGCUCAUCUGUGUCUGACUAUGUGGAAUUCGUGAGCCAGUACAGGAACGAAUCUGCCACAGUGGAAGUUCUUCAAAAUCUGAAGAUGUGUGCUGAUAACAAGAUGACAGAGGAAGACAAGGAAAAUGUGCAGAGUUUGGUGGGUGUUCUUCCAAGAAGAGGGUCAUGGCUUGAGGAUACUACAUUACCCAGAAGGCUCAGCACUUUGCGUCCUAGGAGGCACUUCCGGCGCCUCUCCUAACAGGUAUCUGUUUAGGCAAUCUGAGAGUUUGAGUUUGUGCUGCCUCCUCAGGUCAGGUAACUCAGAGACUCAAGGAGACUCGAGAAUACACCACCUAGAUGACACCAGUACUGGACAGCACGGGCCAGCGGAACUUUGCUGGGUCUCAGCCCGAGCGGCUUCGCUCAGCUCCGAGUCUGCAGGUGACGGCCGCCCUGGCUCGGCCAGGGAUGGUGCUGUGGACCCAGGCGGAGCUUGCAGACCGCCCUGUGCUCAUCUGAGGUCAGAGGCAGCCCCUGCCCAGGUCUUUUCAGCCUCACCAGGCGGCAUGGACUGGGCCGCCUGUUUGAGGGAGGUCCCAGGCUGUCACCCAGUGCAAGGGAGGCUCCAGAAGUUUUCUCUACAGAGAGACCCACGUGUUGAGAGGCAUGGAAAUGAGCUUCGGAAGAGAUAGAGACGCAGAGGUUGAGCCCAGGGACUUUGAUUCUGAGGGCGCUGGUGCCAUGGAGAGCUAGAGAUUAUUAUUUGUGUAUGUGUGUGUGUUUAGCUCGAAUGUAUGUCUGUGCAGGUAACGUUGAGCGCCUCGGGAAACCGGAAAAAGGCUUAUGUUCCUGGAGACUGAAGUUAUGGACGAUUGUGGGCUGCCAUGUGAGUGCUGGGAAUCGAAAUGGAGCCCCUGAAAGAGGAACCAAACUCUUAACCACCGAGCCAACUCCACUCUUUUAUACCUACAAACGAAAAGGAGUCUUAAGUCAAUGGAAGGAAGGAAAUGCUGUCAGGUGAAGUGGAAAGGUUGGCUGGAUAAUUUAUUGAAAGUAAUGUUAAGAGAUAGGUUUGGGCCGUGCCCUGGUGAUGCACACCUUUUAAUCCCAGAGCUAGUGAGGCAGAAACAUGCGAACUUCUGAAUUUGAGACAUGAGACCAGCCUUGUCUACAGAGGGUGAUGGGGAAAGAGGGGGGUAAGAAAAGGGAAAAAAGUAAGAAAAGUAAAGAGAAAAGAAGUAGAUUUGGGGCGUGUUAAUUUCUGAACUGGUCUAGAGAACUCUGUGUGAAGGCAUUGAGUGUAUGUCCAGAGUUCAGGACAGAAUGUCUGACUGGAGACUCCUAUUUUGGUGACCUAUAUGUAGACAGAAGUAGAAUUUAGUUCUAUUUAGGAAAGGAAUAAUGUGGACCGUGGCAGCAUUGCUGGGAGCAAGGGAUAUCCUCCCCCAUUGGAUUAGGAACCCUGAACUCAUCUCUCAGACUGAGAUGGGCAUCACAAAGACAGACAAGGUGAAGUCAUGUUCAUGGAGUAGAACUGUCAUUGGCAGGGGACCAACGCUGCCAAGAGACUGGCUAUGAGAUGGGUAGGAAAGCAGAAUAGUAAAGGUGACAGUGAGGCAGGGACCUGUAUCUGUGACCACGCCCCACACUUUUGUGGCAACCCUGCUGGGUCCUGGAAAUCUUCACUUGGGCUGGUGGGUAAAUGAGAGGGUUAGGGAUAACUACAAGACCAGCAAAGCAGGAUUUUGAUGGCUGAGAUAAUGGGGGACAGCCUGUGAGCAAGGCAAAGUUCCCCCAACUACUGUGCACCAGGACGGGUCUGAUACAGGAUGGCAUCCAAGUUACACAGGCCAUGUGUGCAGGAUGCCUUAACCUUAGGUGUGAGCCGCAGGGUAGUGUAUCAAAGGAGAUGAAAAAAAGUGGGAAAGAGUUGAUCAACAGAGUGAUGUUCUUGAAGGGGGUGUAAACUGUUAUUCCCAGAACCAGGAGAGGAAAGGAAGCCUGGAUUUGUGCAGGUAAGGGCAAGCAGAUUGUGGAAUGUAGACAGUCAAGCAGUAGGCUGAGACCUUCAUAUCAUACCCACUGUUUAGAUGGUAUUUAUCUGCUCCAGUGGCGACAGGAUGACCAAUGAGAGAAGGAAGUUAGGGCAGCUCUGGCCCCCACCUUCUCUUCUCCUACGAGGGUAUGCAUCGUCACAGUGGCAUAGGUAGCUGCUUUGCAGUUGUUGGAUAAACCGAGAGUAGAGAUUCUGUUUAAGGGAAUUUCUCUCAUCACCACAGUAGGGCAGUGUGAGCUUUCAGGAUGUGACCCUGGACUUUCCUAGAACGAAUGGAAGCUUCUGGAUGAGACACAGAGGGGAUAACUUUGCCUUGCAGCCAGACUGGGUCAAUUCUCUGCACUUCCUCCACCUCCUGGCCUGGGCUCUUUCCCUUUUUCCCAGGAGCUACUCUGCUUCUCAUGGUCAUCUGUAAAUCCUACUUCCUUCUUGGUUUUCUUGCAUAGGUGCUGUGGGUGGCAAAUGGGCUGAGUAUUUGCUUAUCUUAUUCAGCUACUCUGGAUAGGAGUCUUCAAAGACCCAGAGAUCCACCAGGCAGUUCUUCCUUCACCCUGGCAGAACCACUGACUGAAACUGUUCCUCCUGCCCGCAUCUGCCACUCCCCGCCUGCUGACAUUUUUGUCUUACCUGAUUUCAGAGACCAAUGGGCUCUCCCUCAUUUUCUCUCUCUCCAGUACAUGCUAGGCAAGUGUUCUACUGCUGAGCUGCAUCCCCAGCCUUUAAAGAUGCCUUCUCAUUGCUGGUUUCCUGUCUAACGCUAUGUAGGAGCAGGGUCACCUGUUCUGUACUGUCUACUUUACCUUCAUUAUCCUCUGAAUAGGACCUGUGCCUUCCAGGAUUCAAGUACUUGUCCAGCUGGAGGAACAAGCCUGGGUGACUGAAGGGGCAGAUGUGACCCCAGGUCUAUCAAGACA